GCUUGAUUAGUUAGCAGGGGAGCUAACGGAACUCCUGUCUCCGUGGAUACAACGCACGCUUCUUCCCGUUACGCAGCCCUCUUUGUGAAUUGCGGUGUAUCCGCGUCUGCUUCUUUCGUGCGCCGUUUCCAUGGAGGCGAGUGAAACAUCGCGAAGGGCGACGAGUUACUUCCGUGUUCGCAGACGAUCGUGGAACUGGACCAGAGAUGAACAAUCGACAGGACCGAGCCGAGGAGAAAUAACCGAGAAGACCGAGGAGAUCACAGCCGUCAGAGAGGGGAGACAACCGGGGGAGGAACAGAGCGAACAGCGGGGAGCGGAGGUGACAGCAACCAACUGCCCAAUGGAGAAAUAUGAAAAGCUGGCCAAAAUUGGCGAGGGUUCCUACGGCGUGGUGUUCAAAUGUAAACACAGGGACACUGGUCAAAUCGUGGCAAUCAAGAAGUUUGUGGAGUCCGAGGACGACCCAGUCAUCAAGAAGAUCGCACUGAGAGAAAUACGUAUGCUGAAGCAGCUGAAACAUGUGAAUCUGGUCAACCUGCUGGAGGUGUUCAGGAGGAAAAGACGGCUCCACUUAGUGUUUGAGUUCUGUGAACAAACGGUCCUCAAUGAACUGGACAAACACCCUCGAGGGUUUUCUGAUCUCUUGCUAUUGUUUCUCCACAUGAAUUCCUCUAUUAUCAGCAUCAAUUUAAGCCUCUUUUCUGUGUGUCGUGUUGAUCCCUGAUGCUGAGCGUUUAUGUUCCAGUGCAUCCACCGUGAUGUGAAGCCCGAGAACAUCCUCCUGACCAAAACCGGAGUCAUAAAGCUCUGCGACUUUGGCUUCGCCCGCAUCCUGAGGCCAGAGGAUGACUACACAGACUAUGUGGCGACCCGCUGGUAUCGGGCCCCGGAGCUGCUGGUUGGAGAUACUCAGUACGGGCCUCCUGUGGAUGUGUGGGCUCUGGGCUGUGUCUUUGCUGAGCUGCUCCACGGGAAUCCACUCUGGCCCGGGAAGUCUGACGUUGACCAGCUCUACCUCAUCAGAAAAACUCUAGGUGACCUGAUCCCUCGUCACCAGCAGGUCUUUCGCUCCAACGUGUUCUUCACUGGAGUCAGCAUUCCUGAACCUGACACAACGGAACCUUUGGAAAAGCGCUUCCAUGGAGUGUCGCCUCAGGCCCUCCAGGUUAUGAAAUCGUGCCUGGUGAUGGACCCCGCUCUCCGGCUGUCCUGUGAAGAGCUGCUGGAGCUGCCUUAUUUCCAGGAAGAAGGAGCAGCCAACUGGGGCCGUGAGGGUGAGCGCCCAGGAAGACGACAUGACAAAGGCUCCCGACGCAGACAGGCAGGGGCACAGUACCUGCCUCAGUUACCAAACAGCAACAUCUCACCAGCACCGGAUGUGAAGAAACAGGUGAAGCAUAAAUAUCACCUGCCCAACAUUUAACGAUGCAUCAAACUGCUCUACGUGUUCGUGUUUGAACUGAGAGACAUGGACUUUGUUUCCUGAAAUCCUUUGAAUACAGUCAACACAUUUAAAUACACAUGCUGUUUAUUCUUGGUGUGAGAGUCAGAAC